AUGCCAACUGACCGGUCACAGACCAUUGAACAGGGAAGCAAAACUCUAAUCUGCAUCUUAGUUACAAAAACUGGACACAGAUCUUCUCCCGAACGAGUCUUCCUAGAGAUUCGUUGCCUCCACUCAUUCGUCGGUCAAAUCCAAGCAAAUGUUACAAAGUGGCCCCACGAAUUCCGCAACAGAAUUCCCUUUUUCAGUCGACGCAAAGCGAAACUCUUCGAACAACACAUACUACUCGCAAAGUUCCAUUCAAUGACAUCUACGGAAUUUGAAAGCGAAUUUCGCUUUGCGUGGAUUGAAAAAUGGAAUUCUGUUGCGAACUUCGCGGGGCCAUUUUGUAACAUUUGCUUUUACUUGACCGACGAAAAACGAAAGGAAGAAGGCCUUUGCUGCGGAGUUAUUUAUUCGGAAAUGCCAACUGACCGGUCACAGACCAUUGAACAGGGAAGCAAAACUCUAAUCUGCAUCUUAGUUACAAAAACUGGACACAGAUCUUCUCCCGAACGAGUCUUCCUAGAGAUUCGUUGCCUCCACUCAUUCGUCGGUCAAAUCCAAGCAAAUGUUACAAAGUGGCUCCACGAAUUCCGCAACAGAAUUCCCUUUUUCAGUCGACGCAAAGCGAAACUCUUCGAACAACACAUACUACUCGCGUGCCUCCCGAUCAGUAGCAUCACCGUUACACUAGUAGAUAUGCCUACCACUACAGCCUAG